ACUGAAUGAAUGGGGCCCAUUAAAGCCAGCUGCACUCCAGACGGAGCCAGGCCCCGAUCGCAGCACUGGGAGAAAUGCUACAGUGGAACUGCACAUUCGUUAUUGGGGGGAUCCAAAUGUGCUUUCUAAAAAAAAUAUUUUUUAGACAAUUAAUUUUAAUUAUAUAAAAUUAUGCAAUGUUUUUAAAUUUUAGAAUAUGAUACUCUUAAUUCUGAAAUUAUUUUUGCUGUUGGUUAUUGAAAUAAUUUAUAUCAGGAUUAAGAUGACUCAUGUGCAUAUCCUCGGCACUCCUGACUCAUGCUCGCCUCUUUCGACUAACUUUGAAAUUAAGAAGGUUUAUAUUGCAAACUACCCAACAUUAACACAGUUUGGAAACUCAGUUGCAAUGCAUCUUGGCUAAAACUUUUUCAGUGUGGGCAUGCAGAUGUGGGCGCCGUCGCGGCAACAUUGAGAGCGUGGAAAUCCAGACAUUCCAGAAUCAGUCCCCAAAGUGCUCUCCCUGGCUCUCUACACACGUUCGAGUUGGAUUCGAUCAGACAACUCCCCACCGAAACCCCAAUUUCGCCUCCUCCCCGCGAUCGAGUGAGUAAUGCUCCGUCGGACCCACUCGAACGAUGCAAAUGCUCUGAUCAUGUGUAAUUUCGAUCGAGACGAUCUGCGGUCGAGCGGUUAUCAGUUGACCGUCCGCUGGGGGCCAUUGCGUCAUCCGCACUUUGUUUGUACACAGCGAUCGUGACCGAGGCAGUAAUGGGAUCCGCACACCAAUUGCUCCGCCGGCGGAAGGCACUUUCACUCUCACUCUCGUUGCCGGAACAGAAUCCGUUGGGCAGAUCACUUGUCGGCGGCCAAGAUGCCACUCCGGAUGGCUUUCCUCCAGCUGCUGCUGUGGGCGGUGGCGAAGGGCCACUACUACUACGACUACGGCUAUUGGCAGAUCAACGAGCCUCCUCCGCUCUGCUCAGACUACGAAAUGCUGGUGGUCAACACCCACCAGUGCGUGAGGCGCUGCAACAUCGUUUGUCGGGAUCGCGUCUGCUUCGAGGACGGACCCUGUCCCUGUGCCGAUCAGUAUCUGUCGGGGAACCCGGACGGAGUGGUCUGUGCCGCAACGUGCCUGCCCGGAUGCACGGAGGCGGGUGGCUACUGUGCUGCUCCAGAUCUUUGUGUGUGCCGCAAGGACAGAACGCACUACUUCGAUCCCCUGUCCCAGAAGUGCCGCCGCAGGGCUGCCCGACUGCUGGACCCCUGCCUCGGACGUUGCACCCAUGGCACCUGCUCCUCCGAGGGUCAGUGCAUCUGCGCCCAGGGCUACGAGUUGAGGACGAGCCUGCUCCACGGACAGCAAUGCAUGCCCAUCUGUGAUCACAACUGCGGACCCCAAGCCUACUGCUUCGCUCCCAACUUGUGCGCCUGCCGGCACAAGCACUACCACUAUACCCACAACGGUAUCUGCUCCAGGGAGUACUGACCUUGGGAAGCCAGCUGCAAGCCAAUGGGGCUGUUUUAGGUCUCGCUGCCGUCAUCCUAUAGA